CAAAGAAAUCCAAAGAGCUGCAAAAUUGUUUAAUAACUGUGAACUGGUUUUGAAUUUAUAUUUUCCAUAAUCUCAAUGAUGAUUUUAGAAACAUUGGGACCAUUUUAAACCUCAAACUAGGUUCUAUGUCAUACUGUAAAACAAUGCAUCGAGUUUUCUAGUAUUUGCAUUGAAGUAUUAUAUUAAGUCCAUUGUACAUGGUUGUCACACACACACACACAGGUUUGUAAUGCAGUUUUUUCGGGGACUCAAAAUUCAGUCUCAUUCAAAAUCCUAACCCAUAACCUUAACAUUGACCGAACCCUUACCGUAACCCCAAAACCUAACCUGAACUGGGAAAAGAGUAAAAACAAACUGUUCAAAUGGUUUCUGUCCACAGAGUAAAUCCUCUAGCAGGUCAUUUGAAGUUGAGUGAAGGGCUCUGGAACAUUCCACUCUCCCUGCACACUGGGAUCUCCCAGGAGUCGAUGCAUCAAGCGGGCAACAGAUUGAGGUCCUCGAUUACUCACCCCAAACUACAUUAACUUGUUAUGAUUGAUUUUUUCUUCAGCUUGAGGGCAUUGUUCAGCCGUCACCAUCGGUAUCACAGUCAUUUCAUGCCAUAGAACGGUCCCCUUAGAAGGUAAACACUCCCAUUCCCAGCAGUACAGCACGUGUUGCCCCAUCCCUCCGGUUAACCAUGUUCAUAUUGGUUAAUAACACAACAGGGAGUAAAACCAUUCGUUUUUGUGGCAUAAGGCAGAGGAGAUCCAACGAAGACGACCAUCAAAAUUGUACUCUAAUGUCUUUUUGCUCAACGAGGGGGUUUGGAUGAAGAAAUAUUGCUUGAAGUUUUAGUUUGACAGAGAUAUUAAAACACCCUCAGGUCAAUGACACAUGCUGGCUUUGCCUCACUGGCCUUUAUUAAAUCACUUCUGCUGGAAGUGCUGGAGGGUAAUUAUUUUGCAGCUGCCUUGAAGCUGUGAUACUGUUGGAUUAUUAAACUUGUUUCAUAUAAAAUGAGCAUACCCUCCCCUUCUGAUUGUGUCAAAGCUGUCUUUCUGUCCAAAUCUAAACCAUUCAAACAAGUAAGAUAACAUUUUCCGACCAUAUUCUACUAUGAACUCACAUCCUAAUGAAUGGAAUUCGAAUUCAUGAUUUUUGUCAGACAGAUGACCAGUCUUUGUCUGAGAAACAUCCAGAUGUGCAACAUGUCUUUCUCCUGUCACUGUAGCCUCUCUCAGAGGUGACAUUCAGGAUGUAGGAGGCAAAGACUCGCCUGCUGCGAUUACCUGGCCGUCUGAAGUAGAAGGUCUUAUGUACGAUUUUGCUGGUGGGUGCGUUGCAGUACAAAUACUAACAAAGAGAACUGAAAUGAAACAAUAUGUAUGACUAAUUUCACCACAAGGAAACUGUUAACAAUGUCAAAAAAAAGGAUACCUAACCAAACGAUAUCUUAAAAAAUCACAAGUAGCACCUGUUCCCAGCCAAGUGUUUACAACAAGUCUAGGCUGCGUUUACGUGAUGAAGCAUAACCCCAUGGACAGCUGACCUGUCCCAAUGUCCCUGCCCGUUCAACCAAAACACAACACUCUCGGUCUACUGCGUGUACUGUAGGUCAAAUUACAAUAACAAGUGCUUACAAGAAUAGAAGUUAACAUCAAAACAUACUUGAUGACAACCACUAGAACAAAUACUGCGGUAGGAAAAAGAUAGGACUUAUCGACAGAACACCAAAACAGGUGUGCGCAUGAUGAUGGAUGGGAACGGCCAGUCGCGGACGGACAUCGAACGCAUCGAGAGUGAGGAGACAGACGGAACGACAAAAGACAUCCAGGAAACACAAACACGGGCCAGUUUCUGUCAUGCAUUCUUAUUCUUUCCUGUUCUUUCCUUUCGUUUUCUGCAUAUUGACACUCGCUACUGUCAUUCAGGUACAGUCAGAUAGUGGAACCUAACAUGUGGACGACUGAUGUUGGGGGUAGUGAUGAGGGGCAACAGUGCAUGACUCCUGUCCUACCUGCACACAGCCCUCCCCCUGCCCCUCCCCCUCUCAGAGAGGGUGAGGUCUACCACGUCUUCAUCAGCUACAGCAGCAUCGACGGGCUCUGGACCCAGAGCCUGAUCGUCAGGCUGCGGGGCUGAAGGUCUGCAACUCCAGCCGAGACUUCACCCCGGGCCGCGCCGUGCUGGAGAACAUGUCUGACUGCAUCCAGGGCAGCCAGAAGGUGGUCCUGGUCCUGAGCCAGGAGUUUGUGAGGAGCCGCUGGUGUCUCCGGGAGGCUAACAUGUCUCUGUUUCGAGAGUGCUCGGAGCGUAAGCCGGUGCUGCCUGUUCUGUUCCAGCCAGGGGUUGUCGUUCCCCUGCACCUCCGCCACCUGACCUACCUCGAGGCCUGGGACCCAGACUUCCUGGGUAAGGUGCUGAACGUGCUCUGCACCCCCAACCGGCUGCUCCGGGGGACAGGGCUGGUCCCCAACCAGCCCCCCUCCUUCUAUAACGGGAAGGCCCUGCAGCCUCUGGUUGCUGUCAACGAGGAAGGCCUUCACAGUUGGGAGGCCGGUGUGUUCAGCGUCAUGGAUGUGCCUGACCAGCUGUGCUUGGUUGUUGAGGACCAGGAAAAAUACAAGGAGGCCAUCAGGAUCAUAAACAACGUUUCACAGACUAAAGUGUGGCUGCGGCCUUACUGGCUCAGGCUACUCAUGUACUUUUUAGGAGUUUUGAAUUUUUUUUUGCUAUAUGCCCUGGUCAGUUUUACUUCCUCGUUUUGCCCAGAGUUGAUACCCAAAUAUCUAUUUUUGUAUUUUUUGGGUGUUCCUUUGGGUUUGACCAUUCAACUCUGUCUGUGGAAAAGCGAUGAUAACAAAUAUAUCAUAGGUGAGAUGCAGAGAGCUGUAGGGAAAGCGAAUACACUCCUAUCAGGAGAGAAGAUUCUAAUGGGCUGCCAGUCCAACACCAAACUCCACGUCGUGUACACAUCCACGUCAUUGGAAGGUUGCAGGCGAGAGUUUUCCGACACGUUUCCGUCGCGACCCUGUGCUGCUGAGAUGUUCCAGCGGGCUCUUCUCUACUUCUCCUCAGGGUACGCCUGCUGUCUGUCCAGGAGACACUUCCCCUUCUCCUCAGGGUACGCCUGCUGUCUGUCCAGGAGACACUUCCCCUUCUCCUCAGGGUACGCCUGCUGUCUGUCCAGGAGACACUUCCCCUUCUCCUCAGGGUACGCCUGCUGUCUGUCCAGGAGACACUUCCCCUUCUCCUCAGGGUACGCCUGCUGUCUGUCCAGGAGACACUUCCCCUUCUCCUCAGGGUACGCCUGCUGUCUGUCCAGGAGACACUUCCCCUUCUCCUCAGGGUACGCCUGCUGUCUGUCCAGGAGACACUUCCCCUUCUCCCCUGCCAGCUCCCUCAGCCACCUGGAGGGACGAGGGUGCUUCUGUCACUACGUGUCCCAGCAGCUGAGCACAGGACAGUGGUCUUGA